UACCUUUUCUCUGUAACAAAAUAUUUCUGCAUAAAUUUGUCUUAGAUGAUUGGUUUCGUACUUGAAUCCAACGGCUACAUGUCACCGGAGUAUGCAUUGGUAGGCCUCUUCUCAGUCAAAUCUGAUGUCUUCAGCUUCGGAGUAUUAUUGUUAGAGAUUCUAAGUGGCAAAAAGAACACAGGCUUCUAUAACAGUGACUCCCUUAAUCUUCUAGGAUAUGCAUGGGACUUGUGGAAGAACGGCAGGGAACAAGAAGUAAAAGAUCCGGUAUUAGAAGAUAUAUCUUCCUCUAAUAUACUGCUGAGAUACAUACACAUAGGGCUGCUUUGCGUUCAAGAAAGUGCAGCUGAUAGGCCAACAAUGUCUGAUGUUGUAUCCAUGCUCAGCAAUGAACUCGCCCCUCUACCCUAUCCAAAACAACUUGCCUUUUCAACAAGUAGGAGUGUCCUAGAUCAAAUUUCAAAUCAACGCCCCGAAAUUUGUUCAGACAAUGAUUUGACAAUCUCAAUUUUGGAAGCAAGACAAUUCUUUGAGGAUUCAUCAUAUUGUCAGUGUUAGUUCUUAAAAGGAAGGUAGCAAUACUUUUCUUAAGCUCGAGUUUUACUUCUUUCCCACAUCCAUAUUUUUCAUAUGUUUACAUGUUUUCGUGUUUCUCACACAUCAGGUAUGUUAAAGCUUUCAAAUGCAGGAAUUCUCAACUUAUCAAUGGCAUCAAUGACAUUAUAUGGUAUUCUAACAACAUUUCAAGAUCUGCACCUGAUCCUAUUUUACAACUUUUGGACUCUGGAAAUGUUUUCUUGAGAAAGCAAAUGAUAAUAUGAAAACCGAGAAUUUCCAAUGGCAGAGUUGAUCAUCCAGGUGAUACAUUUCUAUCAGGAAUGAAGAUAGGAAAGAACUUGUUAACCAGCCGAGAAUGGUACCACUCCUCAUGGAAGAGUUACGAUGAUCCAACUCAAGGAGAUUAUUCAUUUGGGUUUGACACUCAUGCAUACCCCCAAAUAAUUCUGAGGAAUGGAUUGGUACUGCUGAGAUGUACAGUUCUGGACCAUGGAAUGGUCUCACGUUUAGCGGGACUUCAACCUUGAUACAGUUUUUUCAAAUUCCGUUUUAACACAAAGGAGGUGUAUUACACUUGUUUCAAGGAUGGUUUUAAGUCGGAACACGGCUGCACCAGCUGAUGAUUGUCAUAUUUUUGUACCCGGGAAAAGGAGAUAAUUGUCAUAUUUACACCCCUUGUGGCAAUUAUGGUAGCUGCAACAUUGGAAAUUCCCCGGUGUCUGGGUGUUAGGAUGGUUUUGUGCUCAAAUACCCAGAGGAGUGGGGCAAUGGAGAGAGGCCAAAUGGGUGUGUUCAAAGAACACCUUUGGAUAGCCCCCCAGGGUGUAGGAGAUGGGUUCGUCCAGUAUUCGAGGGUCAAAUUGCCUGACACGUGGAAUUCGUGGUUUAACACAACGGAUGACCUUGAGGAAUGUGGGAGAAUGUGCUUGGGAAACUGCUCUUGCAUGGCUUAUGCUGUUAAGCAGUAGCAGGGGUGCUAGUGUUCCAUUUCAGUUGUGAAGUCAUGCAGUCGGUUGCUGAGUUUUAGUUAGUCCGGCUGAGUCCAGCCCAACAAUCCGUGUGAGCUUAGUUUGCCCGAUGGGAUUGAUUUGUGGUUCUUGAAGUUGGAGA